AUGAAAUUAAACGAUCAAAAAAGCAACAGUCAAUUAACUAUCUUUCCUUAGGCAUACAACACAAAUAUGACUGCAGCCUAUAAAUACUUAUCAAGAGAGUCAAGUGCAAUAAAAAAUGAUAAAUCAAUUUUAAAAUCUCCAUCAUCUAACUAAUUGCUUUGCACAUCAAAUAGAGGGAGUGACAAGAAAGUCAGAAUUUAGGAAUCUGCUUCGAAAGGCUCGGUUUAAUUUAAAAGUACAGCGUAGUUUGGUCGAACUUCGACUGACUUAAUAUAAGUUCCUCCUAUGAGAAGUCUUAACAGAGAAGAUAGAGAAAAGCUUAUAGCCACUCUAAUUUAAUAGGUUAAAUAGCAGAAUUAAUUAAUUCUUUAAUUGGAAGAUAGAGUGCAGUAAUAAGCAGAACAAUUAGAUGAGUUAAAUCUGUAUAAUGAGAAGCAUGAACAAAAGGAGAAAUGUUAUGGAGAAAUAAUUUAAAAUUAAAAUAAAAUAAAUUAAAGAAGUAAAAUAAUUAAAGAUAUUGAUUAGUCCAAUAGAUAGCAGAACUCAGGGAAUUUGAUUAGCAAACAUCAACAAAUGAUCAUUUAGAUCUUUUAAACUAAAUAUAUGAAGAUGAGGUUGAUAUGGACAUGGCGAUUAAAUGGAGAAAUGCUAGGUUAAAAUUUAAUUUUUUGGAUGCUUUUUCAAAGGCUGCAAAAUAUUCUAAAAAGUUGAAACAUGUUCUUCAAAGAAAAUAAAAUCUCUAAUUAAAGAAUUGCUUUACAGGAUGGAAAUAUUAUAUUAAAAACAAAGCAUUAUUGAAUUAAUUUAAUGAAGUCAGAAAGUUAAGGACUGUAAUUAAUUUCUGGAUGAAAUGGAAACAAUAUAUUUAAGAUAAAAAAUAAUAUCAUAAAAAUCUAAAGACAUCAAUAUAGUUUUCUAAUUAGAAUUUAAAAAAAUAAUGUUUUUACAAAUUGAAAUAGAAUUAUCUGAAAUACAAUUUUAGCUUGAAGGAUUUUCAGUAAAUAACUUAAUCUGCUGUGAAUGAAUUUAAUAAAAUAAAGUUGUUUAAAGUAAGAAUUUAGAAUUAUUCUAGGUUUUCAGUUCAUGGACUCUCUGGAUAAAAUAGCAAAAUUAAAAACAAAAGUUCAUUUAUUAACACAUAAAUAAUGGACGCAUUAAAUAGAUGAAAGGAGUUAUAAGAUUUUUGAAAUAGAAUUGUGAUUUUCAUAAGGAAAGAGCUAACCAAAUAAUUAGGUAAAGAGGAUAAGCUAAGUUGAAAAAGUUGUUUAACUAAUUGAAAUAAAAUUGGAAAGAAAAUAAAUAUAGGGAAAAUCAAAUUAAAUUAAAUAGAAAUUUCUUUAUCAAGUUUAGACAAUUUAAAUAAUGGAUAAGGGAAUAUUAAAAAUUAUCUAGAUUAAAUUAUAUAAGCGUUAAAGUAGUGAAGAAGAGAGAGAAUUAAUUCUUAUAAAGAUGUAUUUAAAUUCAUGUUAUUUUAGUAUUCAAUUCUAUGAAGAAUAAUGCUUAGUAUAGGAAAAUGAAGAGAUAAAAUGAAAUAUUGUUGAACAAGAAAUAUGACAAUAGAGUAUUAAAUUAGGCAUUUAUGCAAUGGUUAAGCAAUCUCUUAAAGAAGAAGAAUUUAUUGGUAAAAGAGUAAAAUGUAGUUAUUUUAAAACAAAAGGAUAUUGAUUAUUAGUAAUAAAACGAUGUAUAGAACUUAAAAUAAAUGUACGAUAGUAUCUCAUAAUAAUUGGGAAAUUAGGAAGAGUAAAUUAAUAAUUAUAAAAUAUUGAUAUCUAAUCAAAAAGAAGUAGAACGAGAGUUGUAAAUGCAAUAGUAAUAGAUUAUUAAAUAAUUAGUGAUUAUUUGAAAUAAGAGCUGAUGACGACAAAGGAUCAAUUGGUAAAUUAUUAGAUUGAGGGAGAUGAAGUGAGAAUAUUGAAAGAAUAAUAUGCAUAAGCCUAAUAACAAUUGAAAGAGAUAAGAAUGCAAUAAAGAUGUAAUAUUCAAAUCUGAUAUAUUCAAGUGGGAUCUCCUAUUAGAAAUAUGUAGAGUAGUGGAAUAAAUGUAGACUAGGAUCAAUUAAGAAAGCAAGUAGAGAUCAGCACUUCAUUACUAAAUGAUUAGAAAUAGGAGUACAAUCAUUUGCAAAUGGAAUAUUCAAAGGUAGUUGGAGAUUACGAGAAAAAGAUCAAAGACAUUGAAAAAUACUUUGUAGAUUUAUGUGACAAAUAAAAGUUGUAGAUUGAGAGAUGUAAUUAAACCAAUAUAUGGUAGUGUUGAAGGAGAAUCAAACUAUUAAAAUUGAAAAUCAACAAAACGUUGUUUCCAGAAACAGGCUUAUGGAUGAAUUGAAUAUGAUACAUGAGUCUUUUAGAGAUGAGAUUCCAUAGUAAAAUCGCACAAACCUCCAAACUCAAGAAUCCUAUGAAUAAUAAUAGUUUGGAGGCUAUAAUAGAAGAUUAAAGUCGAAUUUGUAUAGUCAAACAUCACCAAUAUCAGAAAAUUAAUAUUCUCAAAAUUCUCCUUAAAAAAAAGUAUAGAUUGAAGAUAGGUAUGUAUGAUAUCAUAUCAUUAUCAAGAAGGAUAAAAGAAGAAGCAUGCAACUUAAGAGAAGACAUUAAAAGACGCUUGGCUUCCUUAAAAACUUAAAUGGAUUGCUAAUUGUGAAUUUUUUAUAAUAUUUUUAAU